AUGUCACAGGACAUGGACAUAUACCGUGAUAGUGCUGCAAGAAGCGAGAGUGACAAUAAUUUAGGCGACUCUGUAGUUAUUUCUAAGUAUCAGACAGCAGCAGAUAUUGCCAAUGCUGUCCUGUCUGAGGUAUUAGCAAAGUUGACACCAGGCGUUAGUAUUGCUACCAUAUGUCGAUCUGGUGAUAAUGCGAUAACGGCUUAUACGAGCAAGGUCUAUAACGAUACCAACAUCGAAAAGGGCAUCGCAUUGCCAACGAUGAUAAGUAUAAACCAUUACAGUCAAUACUACUCGCCAUUAAUGAAGGAUUCUCUUGUGCUACGCGCAGGUGAUCUCGUAAAAAUAGAACUAGGUGUUCAUAUCGAUGGAUACACGGCGACAUCAGCUCAUACUACAAUAUUGAAUCCCAGUCCGCAACAGCCAGUCAUAGGUCGUAUGGCUGACGUGGUUGCUGCUGCCUAUUUCAGUUGUGAAGCUGUGUGCAAAUCAUUGAAACCAGGGGUGAAAUAUUCAGACCUAAACAAUGUCAUUAAUCAAGUAGCUGAUGCAUUCAAGUGUAUUCCCGUUGAGGGAUCUGUAUCCAAAGUGAUGAGAAGAUACAUCUUACAGUAUGAUAAAGUUGUAGUGCAUAGACAAGCAGAAUAUGAACCGAUGCAUAAAGAAGAUUGGGAAGUUGAACCGAACGAAGCAUAUGCAAUUAAUAUUCUAAUGAGCACUGGUGAUGGAAAGUUGAGACAACUCGAGUCCCGACCAACUGUGUAUAAGCGCAACGUAAACGAAACGUACAAUUUGAAGAUGCAAUCGGCACGAGCAGCAUUUAGAAAGAUCUCGGAGAAGUUUGGAGUGUUUCCAUUUUCUCUCAGAGAGUUAGACGAGCGAGAUAGGCUGGGUAUGACUGAAUGUAUAAGACAUAAUCUGUUUACCGCUUACCCAGUUAACGGAGACAAGCCGGAUGCAGUCAUAGCCCAUUUCAAGUUGACUGCUCUUGUGACUCCAUAUAAUACUGUUAGGAUAACUCUACCACAAACGUUGCCAUAUAUUCAUUCUGACCUGGCAAUACCAAAUGACUCUGAUGUAGCGAAAAUAUUGUUCACGGGAGACUAG